AUGGCUUCGGUAAGCAAGGUCUUCGACACAGAGGAGCUGAAAGUCAUGAUCUUCGAGUAUUUCCCCAUGAGUUCCCUGCUACUCAACCAGAGAGUCUGCAAGGGCUGGCAGCAUACAAUCAGCUCCACUAUCACGCUCCAACGCAAGCUCUACUUUGAGCCUAUGCAGGGUGACCCGCUCGCGCUUUUCCACUGGGGCAUGGUAUCACAGACGCACGAGAUCACACCCAAUGUGUACCACAAGAUCGACUACAGCUACAAGAGAGAUGAAUAUCACUUGCCAGCGAGUGAGCAAGAAGCCGAACACUUCGAUUUCAUGUGGGCACCAGAGACCGGACCUCGGGUCCCCGUCGAAGUAGUCGAAAACCCAAUCCUAUACGACUUCGAAGCAAUGCUGGACGACUCCAUCAAACAGAGCGACAAGAACAAACCUUCCCUACCAGAGGCAUUCGCCCGACCGGAAGCCUCGUGGCGUCGCAUGUUGGUAUGUCAACCAAGUAUCAAGACCUCGAUGCGUGUGAGGAUCUAUGAUCGAGGUGGUAGUGGCUUCGAUGUAUACUGUGGCAAGCACGCGCACAGCAAGGACUAUCGGCUUGGAGAUAUCUCUGACAGACUCUCGCGAAGAAAGUACCUCAAAAGGUUGCGUUUCAUCGCUCGUGGACUCAUGGGAGCGCGGCAGUACCAGGCGCUCAGUGUCGAAUUUGUUGGUUCUGAGCUCUGGGAGGAGAAUCAGGCGUGGACUUGGCCGGAGGUAACCGAAGCAGGUGGCGCUGAUGUGGACGAGUCAGAAGACGACAAUGAGGGGGAUAUAGACACAUUGGACCAAGACGAGGAUGAUGAGUGUGGUGAGGGGUUUGAGGACAAUGCAAACGAUGGAAACGAUGGAAACGAGGGAGAAGAAGAGGACAAUGAUCAAGACGGGAUGACCAAUGACAACAAUCCGAGCGAAGAGGACGAUGACGAAGACGACGAGAUCGAGGAUGAAGAUUAG